AUGAGCGGUGCGUCGCUGUACAUCAAGAGGGACCUGCAGAUCACGGACGUGCAGCUGGAGAUCAUGAUGGGCAUCCUCAGCGUGUACGCGCUCAUCGGGUCCUUCCUCGGCGCGAGGACGUCCGACUGGGUCGGCCGCCGCGUCACCGUCGUCUUCGCGGCCGCCAUCUUCACCACCGGCUCCUUGCUCAUGGGCUUCGCGGUCAACUACGCCAUGCUCAUGGUCGGCCGCUUCGUCACCGGCAUCGGCGUGGGCUACGCCAUCAUGGUCGCGCCCGUGUACACGGCCGAGGUGUCGCCCGCGUCGGCCCGCGGCUUCCUCACGUCUUUCACCGAGGUGUUCAUCAAUGUGGGCAUCCUCCUUGGCUACGUCUCCAACUACGCCUUCGCGCGCCUCCCGCUCCACCUUAGCUGGCGCGUCAUGCUCGGCAUCGGCGCCGUCCCGUCCGCCCUGCUCGCGCUCAUGGUGUUCGGCAUGCCGGAGUCGCCCCGCUGGCUCGUCAUGAAAGGCCGCCUCGCGGACGCCAGGGCCGUGCUGGCCAAGACCUCCGACACGCCUGAGGAGGCUGUGGAGCGCCUUGACCAGAUCAAGGCUGCCGCCGGCAUCCCUAGGGACCUUGACGGCGACGUGGUCGUCAUGCAUAAGACAAAAGGCGGCCAGGAGAAGCAGGUCCCGUGGGCCAUCGGCCUGUGCAUCGUGUCCAUCUUGGCAUACGUGUCCUUCUUCUCCAUCGGCCUCGGGCCCCUCACCAGCGUGUACACCUCGGAGGUCUUCCCGCUGCGGGUGCGCGCGCUGGGCUUCGCGCUCGGCGCGUCAUGCAACCGCGUGACCAGCGCCGCGGUCUCCAUGUCCUUCCUGUCCCUGUCCAAGGCCAUCACCAUCGGCGGCAGUUUCUUCCUGUACGCCGGCAUCGCAGCGAUAGGAUGGAUUUUCUUCUUCACCUUCAUUGCGGAGACGCGUGGCCUGCCGCUCGAGGAGAUAGGGAAGCUUUUCGGCAUGACGGACACGGCCGUCGAAGCCCAAGACACGGCCACAAAAGACAAGGCGAAAGUGGUGGAGAUGAACUAG